AAUAUUUUUCAACAUCAGCAGAAGCAAAACUCGAUCGCGAUCGAACUCCGAAAAGAAUGUCGUACAAUGACGAGGUUGACGAUUACGAUGAAUAUGAUCCUACGCCCUACGGUGGUGGAUACAAAAUCGAUGUCACCUAUGGCCACCCCAUCCCUCCCUCCGAUGAAACUUGUUACCCAAUCUCCUCCUCUGGUUCAGGUUCACAAUAUGGAUCUAGCCAUGGUUACAAGCCUAGCUAUGGCAGGGAGGAACAAGAUAGUGGAUAUGGCUAUGGAGGAAGAAACGAAAGACCUAGCUAUGGUGGAGAGGAACAAGAUAGCGGAUAUGGCUAUGGAGAAAGGAAUGAGAGACCUAGCUAUGGUCAAGAGGAACAAGAAAGUGGUUAUGGCUAUGAAGGAAGGAAUAAUGAGAGACCUAGCUAUGGACGAGAGGAACAAGAUGGUGGAUAUGGUUAUGUUAGAAGGAACGAGAGGCGUAACGAUGAUGAUUAUGGUGUAGAAAACCAAGGAUAUCGUAAGAAAUAUGGAGAUGAUAGUGAGGAUGAGAGUAAUUACGAGAGAAGGAAGCAUCAUUACAAGGAUAAUGGGGAGGAGGAUGAAAGGAGGAAACAUGAUCAUCAUCACAGGAAGAGAUACGAUGAGAAUGAAGAAAGAAACGAGGAAGAUGACGAUGACAGGCAAAAGUAUCAUUACAAGAAGAAUUACGACGACGACGACGAUACUGAGAGGAGAAACCAUCAUCGCUACAAGAAUUAUGGCGAUGAAUAAUCAUAACACGUACACUUCAUGACUGCUUUGUCUUCAUUCGUGAAUGCAAGAGCGUCAUUUAUCCCUUUGAUUAAUAACGGCAGGAAUAAGUCAAACAUAAAUUAGGGCAUGUUUUUCACUUGUUAUUUGAGUCUUCAUUUUUCUUCGCAUGCUGUUGUUGUUUACGGUUCCUGAGUUUUAGGUAAUGAAAAACCUAAUAUUCGGGUUGCUUACUGAUACGCGUUAUGUAUAGAGUAUUGAACUCACUUGGAAAUUGGAAUAAUAUAUAUUAACUGGCCCUGGCAUUUAUAUUUGUCUAGGGCUGAAUCUGCCAGGUUUUUUUUC